AUGUAUUGGAUUCAAUGUAUUGAAAAUGGACCUCGUCGGGUGAAUCAUGCUGCAGGUGCAUUAGAUGAUUUUAUUUAUUCAUUUGGUGGAUAUUCUCAUAAAGAAGAUUAUACACGAAUUACUCCAAUUGAUAUUCAUAUAUGCAAUACUCAUACAUUAAAAUGGUAUUUAUUACCAAAACCUCAAUUAGAUGAUUCACAAUAUAAUGUAACACCUUUUUCACGAUAUGGACAUACAGUUGUUGUUUAUAAACGAAAAUUUUAUUUAUGGGGUGGACGAAAUGAUCGUCCUGUACCAUGUAACCGCUUAUUUUGUUUUGAUCCUAAAUCUCGUCAAUGGUCUCUUGUAUCAAUUGUUGGUGAUUUUGUUCCAAGUCCUCGUGAUGGUCAUUCUGCAUGUAUUAUUAAUGAUCGAAUGUAUAUAUUUGGUGGAUUUGAAGAUCAUACUCAACAAUUUUCAAAUGAUCUGUUUUAUUUUGAUUUUAAUACUUCAUCUUGGCAUUUACAUCAACCAAAGAUAGGUGAUGUUAUUCCUCAAUGGCGUGAUUUUCAUUCAGCUACAAAUUUAGAUGGACAAAUGUAUUUAUUCGGUGGACGAUUUGAUCGUAUUGAACCUCAACAAAUAACACAAACUAUUUAUGAUGAUCGUCUUUAUAUUUUUAAUCCUGAACAUAAUUCAUGGUCAUUAGUUACAGCAAUGGGAGAAAUACCAUGUGGAAGAAGAUCACAUUCUGCUUUUGUUCAUGAUGGAAAAUUGUAUAUAUUUGGUGGUUAUAAUAAUGUAAUCGGUUCACAUUUCAAUGAUUUACAUGAAUUUAAUCCGUUAACAUUAUUAUGGCGUCGAAUAAAAGCUUAUGGUAUAGGAAGUCCUGUUCCACGUCGACGACAAUGUUGUCUUGUUAUUCAUGAUCGAAUGUAUAUGUUUGGUGGAACAAGUCCAAUAUCAACAUCAACAUUUACAAAUCGUUCAAAUGAAAUUCAAGAAAUUGAUGUUCUUAGAACAACACUUUAUGAUCAAAGUGAUCUUUAUGUUUUCGAUUUCGCUCCAACGUUAAAAACAUUAUGUUUACUUUUUCUUGCAAAACAAAGAAUUAAUAUAAAUAUUCUUUCAAAAAAAUUUCAUCAAGAAUAUCAAUUAUUUACACAAUCAACAUUAAUUCGACAACGUUCAACAGGAGAAACUAGUGGAUAA